CGGCGGAAUGGGACGCGUGGAGGCCCUCGGGCAAGUGCGCCAUCUCCCCCGCCCCCUGCUCCGCGGGGGAAGUCGAGAUCGAGAACCGCUCCGUCUACAACAUCUGCCCCGGCUGCGUCAAAACGCUCGGUGAAAAUGAAAACUGUGACGUAAAUUCUGAUCCCUGCCCACACUCUUUUGUUUGCGAGGGUGGCAAAUGCCUGAAAGGGGAGUGCAGGAAGGAGCAGGACAAGGAGCACGCGACUUGGACGCCGAAAUGCGACCGCUUCAGCAACUUCAUGCCCGUGCAGUGCAAGGGCUCCAGAGGCGACGGCCGCUGCUUCUGCUGGUCGCCCAAAGGGGAACGCCUGUUCGGCGAAGCCGCCUGGACCGACGCCACCGAAACCAACAUGCACUGCAGUUGCAGUCUGCGCGCGUGGCGGCUCACGCAGGAGGGCAAAGGCGCGCACGAGGCCCCGCGCUGCGCCGCCGACGGCUCCUUCGAAGCCCUGCAGUGCGCGCGUGGCGUGUGCUGGUGCGCCGACGCCAAGACGGGCGCGCCCGUCCGACGCGUCGUGCCCGAGGGCGCCGCCCGCUUGCUCUUCUG